ACAGUUCAGCGAGAUCUUUCAAACAGAACAUUUAAGUUAACUACUAGUACUAGGACCUGACUAGAGCUCAACGUUGUUAGACGAUGGCAUUCAAAUUCCUUGCAGUAUUCGCUUUCCUGGCUGUGGCCAGUGCCCAGCACUACGAUCCUCAUUACUACCACCAGCCACAGUAUCAUGCUCCUGCACUAGUUAAGACUGUCCAGCCCGCCAUCGUUAAGACUAUUCAGCCUGCUCUAGUCAAGACCGUCAAGCACGUAGAAUAUCCAGACUCUCCAGCGGAAUACCAGUUCCAAUACUCUGUUCACGACGACCUUACCGGAGACAUCAAGAGCCAACAAGAGGAACGUCACGGUGAUGAUGUUAAGGGCCAGUACACUUUGAUCGACGCUGAUGGUCACCGUCGCAUCGUAGACUACACUGCUGACGAGCACAACGGUUUUAAUGCUGUUGUCCGUCGGGAACCCGUGGAAGGACACAAGAUCGUGAAGACCAUUGCUCCGGUCGCCAAGGUGUAUGCCCCAGUCGCCAAGGUUAUCGCUGCUCCUCAGGUGCACUAUAGCCAUCCAGAGCCCCACUACUCGCACUAUUAGGCAACAAUUUUUCACCACCGCCAUGUCUCCAUCCUCAACUGAACCUCAUCCUCACCAACUAGCAUAAUUGUUUUUAUUGUAAAUACUCAAAAUCCCCAAGGAAAAGAAUCAAACAAAUGAAGUUAAAUGAAAAACA